UUGUAUCUUUGUACUUGUUUUUUUAAACACUUUAUUCAGUCUUUAGGGCAUUUAUUAAUGCACGCUCAUCUCGUAAUUGUCAUAUUUCCGACAACACUGCAACCCGGCAGCGUUUGACAGGAGGUUGUCCUCGGCUAGCCGAACUAGCCAGCCACAGCGAGCUACAGAACGAAUAUAACCUUCUGCAUUAACUGUGGGAGAAGUUGUCGGUAUUGUGUUUGUGUGCCCUCCCCCCCGCCCCCCUCAGGUCAGAGCUGAGGGUUGGGGUCGGGUUUGAGCUAAAUGUCAGACGUUCCUGUUGAACAGGGGGGUCUAUCCCAGGCUUCCCCAACUGACAAUGCCCAGGACCUGUUUGACAGCCCCGCGCAGGCCAUGUCAUCAGUGAACACACCUGAGGAUCAGGUGUCGCCGGCGGUGGAUGGGGUCUCUCCUUCUUCUGCUUCGUCCUUUGAGAUGCUUGACAUGGAGUCUGCCCCUGCUACCUACCAAGAAGUGCGGCCUCACUGGUUCUUCUGUCGACGGGCUGAUGACAGUACCUGCUGGCUUCCUUUCAGCAGAGAGGACUCUGAUAAACUAGAGAAUGCCUACAACUCUGUAGGAGACAAGGAGGGGGACAUAGUUGUAGCUGUGGAUGGAGAGCGGUAUGAUGUACAUGUCAAGGAGAGAAAGCGCUACGCUGUGUACUGGGAGCAAGCUCCUACUGAAGUCCGACGCUGCACCUGGUUCUACAAAGGAGAUAAAGACACCAGAUUCAUGCCGUACCCUGAGGACUUCGGCAAAAAUCUGGAGGAUGCCUAUAUGGUAGCAGUGACCUUAGACGAGUGGAAGAGAAAGCUGGAAUUUCCUACAGGAGAGACCGUCAUCUUACACAAUCCCAAGUUGAUAAUGCAGUAUCAGCCAAUCAGUUUGCAGGAUGAUUGGGUCUCCUCGCCCUCUGAGCAAACUCGCCCUCGAACAGUCAAGAGGGGAGUAGACAACAUCCCUGUAGAAAUACCAGAUGGUGAACCCGAAAAGGUGGACCACCUGGUCUUUAUGGUCCAUGGCAUCGGCCCUGCAUGUGACUUGCGCUUUAGAUCCAUAAUACAGUGUGUGAAUGACUUCAGGAGUGCUUCCCUGUCCCUCCUGGCCUCUCAUUAUAAGCAUGCUCAGCAGGAAGGCAAGGUGGGCAGAGUCGAGUUCCUCCCAGUCAAUUGGCACAGUGCUUUGCAUGGGGAUGCUACUGGUGUGGAUGAGGACAUUCAGAGGAUCACUCUGCCAAGCAUCAGCAGGCUGAGACAUUUCACAAAUGACACUCUGCUGGACCUGUUUUUCUAUAAUAGCCCCACCUACUGCCAGACUAUAGUGGACACCGUAGCCUCAGAGAUCAACAGACUGCACACUCUCUUUAAACAGAGACACCCAGAGUUCGCUGGGGCAGUUUCAGUCGUCGGACAUAGUCUGGGUUCGCUGAUCUUGUUUGACAUGCUAACCAAUCAGAGGACUGGUUUAGAAUCCACCAAAAAGGGGGUGCUGUCUCCUGAACCCUGUCAUCUGAACUGUGACACGCUGGAGCAGACAUUGACCAGACUUGGCCUACAGCAAUACUUGGCUACACUACAGGCAGAAAAUCUUGACCUUGAAUCACUGGCUCUUUGCCAUGAUAGUGACCUCAAAGACUUAGGAAUUCCUCUCGGACCUCGGAAGAAGAUUCUGAACUACGUCAGGAGGAAAUGGCUUCCAGAGGGUUGUAAGACAAUGCGUCUGGCACCGGAGCUGCAAGUUCCACCUUCAGAUUCUUUAUCCAUUGAUCAUGAUGGUAACCAGUCUCCAGGGUUGGGGAAACAGCAGCCCCACUUCCACAGAGAGCAGUCUGUCACCAGCGCUGUAGACUAUGAACACUUCGAUGUGGGCAUUGGACAGGUGUCUGUUGAUUACCCACAGUUGGCAUUCCAGCCACAGACUUUUUUUGCUUUUGGCUCUCCUAUUGGAAUGUUUCUGACUGUCCGUGGGCUUAAACACAUCGAUCCCAACUACACCUUUCCAACCUGCAAGAGCUUUUACAACAUCUAUCAUCCAUAUGACCCUGUCGCUUAUCGGAUAGAGCCCAUGAUUGUUACAGAAGUGGACCUGGAGCCAAUGCUAAUCCCUCACCAUAAAGGCCGGAAGAGGAUGCACCUGGAACUAAAGGACAGCUUGACCCGUAUGAGCAUGGAUUUGAAGAAUAAUGUACUGGGAUCAUUACGGACAGCGUGGCAGUCCCUUGCCAGAAUACCUGUUGCUGCACUGCCACCAGUGGAGGAAGGAGAAACUACAAUAGAGAGAAACCUUCAAGAGGCACCGGCCUCAGCGGCAGUCACUGCUUCUGCUAAGAGGGGCGAGAAAAGUGCUGACUUUUGGACUAAAAUACUGGAGUGGCCCAGGGCCCUUCAUAAGCAUUACUUCCAAGUAGUGUGUGAGGAGGCAGAGUCCUCAGUGUCCGAGGAGCAGUCAGAACAGCCGGAGAUUAAAGUGGGGAUGUUGAAUGGAGGACGAAGGAUUGACUUUGUGCUUCAGGAAAAACCCAUUGAGAGCUUCAACGAAUACCUAUUCGCCAUCCAGUCUCAUCUUUGUUACUGGGAAUCUGAGGAUACAGCUCUGCUGCUGCUGAAGGAGAUCUACGACAAGCUGGGGGUGGCCUUUGAGCAGCCACAACAGUAAACCAAGUUUUGUGAAUGUAGACUCGCUUUUUAAAACAACAUUAAAAGUGAGAAAGUGAGAAAAUGAAGGACAGCUGACAGAGCCAGAGGCUGAACAAUCCUCAUCCAGAAUGCCUUACCGUCUGAGUGUUACCUGACCACACCGCCCUCUCCUCCCCCAACAGUUGAGCCUGUUUGGCUGCAGUUAGGAAAUCUUGGUUCAGAUAUGUCAGUCAACAUUCAUCUUAGGUAUCAGAGGCUUCCUGGUGUUGCCAAAACUACAUGACUGGGUCCACCUUAACUGUCAUGCUUCUUGCUGCACUUUUCUGUCUUUUGAAUAAUUCUUUAUUUUAUUUUACUUUGCACUUUCACUCACCAACAGUUAUUGACAUAUCAUGUGUACAGCUGCAGCUGACUAAAAACAAACAUCAAGUUCAGGUUGUCAAGUUUAAUGUUGGGAAAUCAAACUGUAAUUGAUUAUGUAUUUUAUGUAUUUCAAAAAACAGGAAGUUGUGUAAUUGCUAGUAAUUCUAGUAAUUGCAAAAGCAGUUUACAAUUUUAAGAAAUCUUUAAAAAUCCCUGCAUAUAAUUGAAAUUCUAGAUGAUAAUCUAUAUAGGUUGCUAUAUUGCUUAUUGCACAGCCUUAUGUACAGCCUCCUAAAAAUGAUAAAUGUAGAACUAUUGAUCUUAUGUUUGUUCAACAGAGCACUCUUGACCAAGAUGUUCCCUUAGCCUAAUAUUAGACCUUACCUUUAUAAACUUAACCAGGUUAAGUGGUUUCUUUUGGUGGACUCUUAGAUGUUUUAUCUCUAAUGAGGAAAAUGAAGUUUGAUAUUUUGUCUGUUACAAUUUUUCCUGGCAGCUACAUUCUUUAUUAAGGCAAUUGAAACCUGAAGCUGUUGCUCCUACGCAUGUGCAAUGUAGCAAUAAUGUUGAGGUCACACCUUUUUCAUUUAAUUUGAAUCAUGUAUUUCAGUUUAAUCAUAUUUACACAUUAAUCUGAGAGAGGUAAACCUGAAGACAAAUUGUCAGUAUUGAAGGACAGAAAUUGGGUCCUUGAAAGGACGCUGGGUGUGUGUGCGCGCGCGUGUGUGUGCGUGUGUGUGCGCGUGUAAGUGUGUGUGUGUGCG